UUUUUUUAUUAAAUGUAUCUAUGGCUACUACUACUACUACUACUACAUUUUCUAAUUCAUAUUAAAAUUAGUAACAUUCUAAUAAACAACGUAAUGUUUAAUAUUGAAAUAUCGUAAUAUCUUUUUAGUUCUUAAUAUGAAUGAUGUUAUAAUGCAUACUAAGGUUUUCGUAUUAUGCAUUAACUUCUUGGCUACUUUUGUGUACUAUACUGAGCUAGCUUUACGACAUUUCGUAUCACCUUUGCUCUUUCCGACAUUCUCAGAUUGCUUUUUUGUCUAAAAUUGCUACUCUACGACAUUAUGACGUUGCCUAUUGCGCUUUAAAUUCACUUUAUGAAAGUCGUGGGUUUAUGAACAAAAUAUCAAAUCUUACUCAAUAGUGUAUUUUGGUCAAAUUUGUUUUUGUUCGAUCUCGAUAUGUUCGUGUACACUAAAAAAUACCAAGUUACUUCUACUAUAGUAUAGAAAAUAUUCAAACCUUACCGUUAUUAAUAUGACUUCAUCUACUUCACCUCCAGCUAUUGUCUUCACCGAUUGGGAUGGUACUGUUACUUUACAAGAUUCCAACGAUUAUUUAACUGAUAAUAUUGGUUUCGGUUUAGCAAAAAGAUCAGAAAUUAAUGAUCAAAUAUUAAUUGGAACCCAAUCUUUUAGAGACGGGUUCAGAGAAAUGUUGGAAUCAAUUUCAACUCCUUUCCCUGAAUGUAUUGACCUCUUAUUGAAGAAUGUUCAAUUAGAUCCUGGAUUUAAAGAAUUUUAUCAUUGGUGUGAAGCCAAACAUAUACCAGUCAUUGUAAUUAGUUCUGGUAUGAAACCAAUUAUUUAUGCUUUAUUGAAAAAUUUAGUUGGUGAAGAAGCAAUUAAAAAUAUCGACAUUAUUUCUAAUGAUGUUAAAAUUGAUGAAGUAUCGAAAAAAUGGGAAAUUGUUUACAAAGAUCCUGAAUCUCCUUUUGGUCAUGACAAAGCAAAUUCAAUUAAAGAAUAUUUAACAAAUCAUGGUUAUAAUUCUUCAAACACUCCUUUAUUAUUUUAUUCUGGUGAUGGAGUCUCAGAUUUAUCAGCUGCUAAAGAAACUGAUUUACUUUUCGCAAAGCACGGUAAAGAUUUAAUCAAAUACUGUAUUAGAGAAAAUAUUCCUUAUACUGAAUUCAAUAGUUUUGCUGAUAUCUUAUCUAAAAUUACUAAAAUUAUAGAAGCAGAUGGAAAGAAUAUUAAAGAAUUCAUUGAAAAUAAAUAAUUAUCACAUUAUAUGAUUAGAAAAAUUUUAUAGAAUAUAAUUAGAGAUCAAAUAGAAAUAGCUGUGAUAUUAUUGUAUAGUAUCACCAUAUUAUUUUUUUUUCAGAGAAUUUUGUAUCGAAACUGAUGAAAGGAGUCUUAAAAUGCCAAAUGAGUUGUCUGAGAGGCUUUAUUGAUAUAUACAUAACCUUGUGCUCUAUUGUAAGUCUCUUUGUAUCCAAAUAUUUUCAAAACAUUUAAAAAGCGUAGCCUUUCAACAAUAAUCAUUAACUAAAUUUGGUAGGUAGCACUAAUCGAGAAAUUUCCUAAUUAGGCAAUGAUGAUAUCGUAAUUUUCAAUUCAAA